UUUCUAGUGCUCACUUUCCACGAACCUACUUAUCUUACAAAACUCAAAACCAAACCUUUUCUUUCUCUCUCUCUCUCCCCCUAACAAAACUUAAAAAAGAAAGAAAACCCAGAAAUUGUUUCCUUAAAAUCAAGAGCUACAUAUACAUAUAUAUAGUAAUAAUAAUAAUAGUAAUAAUAAAAAGAAAAGUAUAUAUAGAAAGAAAAAUGGAAACAAAAGUGUUGUCUUCGGGUAUCCGGUUCUCAAAUUUACCAGAAAGCUAUAUCCGACCCGAAUCCGAACGCCCAAGGCUCUCUGAAGUCUCAGCUUGUGAAAAUGUUCCUGUAAUUGAUUUGGGCUCUAACCACAGAGCCCAAGUUGUCAAUCAAGUUGGCCUUGCUUGCAAACACUAUGGAUUUUUUCAGGUUACCAAUCAUGGGGUGUCUAGUGAAUUAGUGGAGAAGAUGCAGAGUGUAGCACAUGAGUUUUUUGAUCUUCCAUUAGAGGAAAAAUUGAAGCUUUAUUCAGAUGAUCCAUCUAAGACUAUGAGAUUAUCAACAAGUUUUAAUGUUAACAAAGAGAAAAUUCAUAAUUGGAGAGACUAUUUAAGACUCCAUUGUUACCCUCUUCACAAAUAUGUUCCUGAAUGGCCUUCUAUUCCUUCUUCUUUCAAGGAGAUUGUGGGGAUGUAUUGUACUGAAGUGAGAGAGCUUGGAUUUAGAAUACAAGAACUAAUUUCAGAGAGCUUGGGAUUAGAGAAGGAUUAUAUAAAGAAAGUAUUGGGUGAGCAAGGUCAGCAUAUGGCUGUGAAUUACUACCCACCAUGCCCUGAACCCGAGCUCACUUAUGGUUUGCCCGGACACACCGACCCGAAUGCCCUAACCAUUCUUCUUCAAGAUCUUCAAGUGGCUGGUCUUCAGGUUCUCAAGGAUGGUAAAUGGGUUGCUGUUAAUCCUCAUCCUAAUGCUUUUGUUAUUAACAUUGGUGACCAGUUACAGGCUCUGAGUAAUGGGAUUUACAAGAGUGUGUGGCACCGUGCUAUUGUCAAUUCCGACAUGCCUAGGUUGUCAGUUGCGUCGUUCCUCUGCCCAUUCGAUGAUGCCCUGAUUAGCCCAGCUAACGGGCUCACCGGCGAUGACGGUUCGGGUGCCGUUUACAGGGAAUAUACUUAUGCGGAGUAUUACAAGAAGUUUUGGAGCAGGAACUUGGAUCAAGAGCACUGUUUGGAACUUUUCAAGAAUCAUUAACUCACGAGUAUUGUUAUGUGACACCUUAUAAUGCCCAACACCUCGUGAUGGGGUAUUAGGUGAUUGGCGUAAUUAAAUACGUGAAGACUCGAUAAGAAAUUACACCAAUCACUGUAUACCACAUUAUGUGGUGUUGGGUACCAUAAGGUGUCGCGAAACAAUAUUCUUUAACUAUAUAAUAUGCAGUUCUAGCUAGAGUAGUAAUUUGGAUAUUCUAAGAACUUUUGUUUGGUAAAAUGUGCCUUUAACUAUAUAAUAUUAUGUAGCAUAGUUGAAGGUUGCAGUACUACUAUUACUACCACCAUUACUUUUUGACCAAGUAUGGUUUUGGUAGUAUAUAUAGUUAUAUUUUCUGUUGGCAUAUAAAUAAUUAAGGUGUUUUGGGGGAAAUAGUAUAUGCUAAUUUUCUAGUCAAGUAUGUUGGGACUGUUUUAGUUAGUUUAUUAUGAUCUUAUAUAUGUACGUUUUAUGUACUGGUCUGGUGCCUAUAUUUUAUGUAACCCAUCUUUUGUAUUAUGGUAAUUUUCAAUAAUUUGCAUUGUUCUAAA